AUGCACAAGGUAUUGCCGCACUGUCCAAAACACGUCUACUCAGCACGCUUGCACAUUGUACAUGUCUGCUACUUUAACCACGCAAUUACCUCAGACAAUUGCACUAUUAACAUAUUGGAGAAUAAGCCUGUCAAAUGUGAAGUGAUACACGAAAACAACGCACCACUCCAAAUACUUGAAAACGGAAAUAUCAUAACAGAUUACAACCACACCUGGAACAACAUAAAAAUAGAUGGGCCGAAAUUAAUACAAUUCAACUACUCUGCAACAAUCGAUGGAAAACAAUAUUCCUACCUGCAACAGGAAUACAAAGAUGCCAUAUACAAACAACAUGACGAACAACUAGAAGUCCUACGCAUCAUCGAAUCCAAUGCCGAUUAUAAAUUUAGCAAUAUUCAAGAAAUGUCAACUUUCCUGAUACCAACCGAGGAACAUCCCGUCCAAUACACCUUCUACUGCAUCCUGGGGUUAUGCACACUAGCAUUACUUAUCUAUGGUAUAGACAAACUCUGCAAAUGUUACAUAGCAAAGAAAGCGGAAGCAAGAAGAAAAAGAAUAGACGAAAUGUAUCAAAUAGAACUAUUCAGACUCCAACAAGAACAACAUACACGUUAA